AUGACAUCUCCAACCACUCAAUACAAUCCCUACACCCCGGACCAGUCCGAUAACAAUAAACGAAAAAAGGCAUCUCGAGCCUGCUUCCAUUGCCAAAAGGCACAUCUUACUUGCGACGACUCUCGUCCUUGCCAGCGUUGUAUUAAGCGUGAUCUUGCGGCCACUUGCACAGACGCUGCCCGUAAGAAAGCAAAAUAUCUUCAAGACCUUACCCCUCAAGACAACUAUAGUCGCCUCAGUUAUCCAGAAAUGCCUGACGCCCUGAACAACAACCAUUUUGUGGACACGAGUGAUCUAUUUAAUUUCACAAUGGGUGACCUUGAUUUUGGCUCAGAAACUGCUGGAUUAGAGUAUGGAUUUAUUGGUAAUAUGUUGCAGACACCAUUGGAUCUUCAGGGCACACUGGAAGACAUGAAUUCUACACACCACCAGAACCAAAACCAGAAUCAAAACCAGAAUCUAAAUCAGAACCACUCCCAGCAACAACAGCACCAAAAUUUCACUGCCUUUAAUUCAACCUCAAUCCCUACUGCGACCAACUCACCCAUGACAAAUAACUUUCCAUUGCGGACUUCUUUUGGCCAACCUGUCCAAUCUCCUACCCCACCCCCAGUAUCUCUACCAGUAACUACCAAAAAGCCCUCCUUGAUUGAAUACAACUCUCCCUCUACAUCGACACCAAUAUCAUCAUCAACAUCGGUAUCAGCGCCAGUAUCGGCAUCUGCAUCUGCACUAGCACUAUCACUAGCCCCAGGCCCAGGCCCAGGUCCAGGUCCAGGUCCAGGUCCAGGUCCAACAUUAGUAUCAUCAGUAUCAGCGGCAGCAUCAGUAUCAGGACCUUUAUCAUCAACCCCAUUAACUACGCCAGUAUCAACCGUGUCCGCUACCCAGCGUGUACUGACAGGAAAUCGGAGGAGAAAUAUAACAGCCGAAGAAGCCUAUCAGAGUGUGCAGAGACCAUUUAAUUAUGCAAAAGGGUUUCACUACCUGAUUCAAUAUGUGAGAGACAGAAUGGGUCAGGAUGAUCUGAUGCGGAUCAGUCGGGCGCUGGCGCUUUUUAGACCGUCGUUUCUUGCGUUGAUCAUGAAUCUGACUGAAGAAGAUUUGAUAUUCAUGGAAAAGUGUUUGCAGCGUACUUUACUGGAAUAUGAAAAACUGAUCAGUUUCUCUGGUACACCUACAGUAGUCUGGCGAAGGACCGGAGAAGUAUGUUUGGUUGGUAAAGAGUUUUCUCUCCUGACUCAGUGGUCCAAGGAUAUGCUUAUGCAUCGAAAAACGUACAUCUAUGAGUUGAUGGAUAAUCAGUCUGCAGUAGAAUACUGGGAAAAAUUCGCCACUCAUGCGUUUGACAACACAGACAAGUCAUGCAUUUAUUCUUGCAUCUUACGGACGCCUCAUCAAAAGGCCGUCCCAUGCACCUUUUGUUUUACGAUUAAAAGAGACAUCUUUGAUCUACCGAGUGUGAUUGUUGGGAAUUUUCUUCCUAUCCUUGGUUAA